UAUUCAUCUCAUAUUGAAAUGUCAUGAGGGAAUUUCAACAUAACAUCACCAUUUUUCCAGAUGGCUUACCAAAAUGGUGAAGAAAGGCAAGGAUAAGGCCGCAACAGCCCCCCCAGCUGCUGCCGUGGCCGCUAGCGGGUCAUCGUCGAAAAAGAAUUCGUCCAAGGCUGGUAAAAACACCGCCAAUUCGCAGCAAAAUGACGAUUUCAUAGUUUUUACGAACUCUACUAAUGAUAAUAAAUCUAAUAAAAAGGGAGGAGGACAGGGUGGAUCUUCGAAUGCGGGAGGGAAGAAGACCGGACCAGGCGGCGAGAGUACGGGAGAGCCUUCAGGACCUCCUAAACCGACGGCAAAGCAGAUAAUCGGUGGCGCCAGUUGGACGGGAAAGUUACCAGUGAAUCUUCUUUCGGAACAUUGCCAGAGGCAGAAGUGGGACAAGCCCGACUACCAACCUAUUAGGAAUUCCGAGGGUUAUUCGUACUUCGUCCAGCUUAGUGCAAAGAACCAGAAGACCCGGGAAGUCCAGAAGUUACCUCCUUUCAAAAUCCCCCCGGAUUAUAAACAUCUAGUAACCAAAGAGACUGCUCUAGAAGCCAGACAUGCCGCCGCCACGUACGCUCUAUUUAGAGUAUGUAGCAUGAAAAAUAUACAUACGACUUUACCACCAGACUAUAAGUCAUUAUGGAAACAGUUCGAGACAUUGAAGAAGGAGGAUGUGAAAAAGGGCAACGCAUGGAUGUACGAUGCGGAUCCUUUCGCUACGUUGAAGCAGCGAGAAGACGAGAAGGCUGCUGCCGAGAAGAAGAGGAAGGAACAGGAGGCUAUUAAGGAAAAAGCGAAGAAUAUGCCUGGCGCGGCUGGUCUUGUGCUUCGGAGCAAUGCCGUAUCUUCGGGAGGCGGAGGUGGAAAUCCCAUGAAAGGCUGGACUACCGUUCCGAAGAUCGAAAUGGGUCGGAAAACCCGAUCUCAAUUAGAAGACUUGCUUCGAAGGGAAGUGAUAUGGAACCCCCAUGGUGUCAAGAUGCCGAAAUCUCAGAAAGAUGCCAUCGUUAAGGAACUUACAAACUCUGGCUUCCGAAAAAGUCACGUCGAGGAAGCGGUUGAGGAGUGCAAGGACCGCGAAGAGACAUUAGAGUGGCUACUCAUACAUGUUCCCGAGGACGAUCUUCCUAGAUGGGCUCUACCGGAGAGCUAUAGUGCGGGCGUUUCGGUUGCUGCAACACAAGAUUUGAAACGUGAAGGGGCAGUGAAACGGUUAUCUCAAUCAGGCUAUUCUGCCGAAUUAUGCAGGAAGCUCUACGACGACAAUGGUGGGAACGAAGGGUUUACUGCUGAAGCCUUACAGCGGUUCUUGCUUUCUAGUGGCGACGAUUCUGCACUCGCGAAUGGUGACUCUGAACCCUUCAUAUCAGGCACGCCAGAAGAAUGUUGGAACGACGAAAUGGAGAGCCUCGCUUCGGUCUUCGGCGAUAGUUUCAAACGGCUAUCCGACGAUGUCUGCCAGAUCAGGAUAGAUUCGGUUAAAAACGGCCCUAAGAUGGACGUUGAGACCUAUGCGCAGUUUCGAAGGUCAUCACGAUACCCGUCUGAAGUUAUCGUAGCUGUGGUAGCAGAUCUACCCUCUUACAUCAAAUUGAGUGUGGUCAAAAAGACACUUGCUUACCUCAACGAAUCCUUAAGUGAGGAACCAAUGAAGAUUUACUUUGCGGUCGAUUGGGUUCAGCAAAAUAUCAACUCCAUUAUUGAAAAUCCCGGAAAACUACGUGACAUAUCGGGAGUCGCAUCAACCGCCGCAGAAACCCGUGCAGCCGUUCCUGCUAGGCAGAGGUUCUCAAGGCACCCGAAGCCGCUUUCUUGGGCGGUGGAUGCGCGCAGUAGAGAAGAAUGGCAGAAGCGACAAGACAACUCUACAUUGAAGGAAAUGAUUUCUCAACGCCAGAAGCUACCCGCUUGGCAAGCGAGAGAUCUGGUUGUAAGCACGGUCUCACGAGAUCAAGUCACAAUCAUUGCUGGUGAGACGGGUUCAGGCAAGUCGACGCAAUCGGUCCAAUUCAUACUCGACGACCUCUACAGUAAAGGAUUCGGAAAUGCUGCCAGUAUUAUAUGCACACAACCACGCAGGAUCUCCGCUUUGGGUCUUGCGGACAGAGUUAGCGAGGAACGAUGCUCGAAGCUCGGACAAGAAGUCGGAUACUCCAUCCGCGGGGAAAAUAAGGUCAGCGCCCAGACGAAAAUCACUUUCGUAACAACUGGUGUUCUCCUUAGACGCCUGCAAACUUCUGGAGGACGCACCGAGGACGUCGUCGCAUCACUAGCUGAUGUCAGUCAUGUGGUCAUUGAUGAAGUCCACGAGCGCAGUUUGGAUACAGAUUUCCUUCUUAGUAUAAUUCGCGAUGUCUUGAAACGAAGGGAGGAUUUAAAGCUUGUCCUCAUGAGUGCUACGCUUGAUGCGGCGACUUUCCAAAGCUACUUCGCCUCCGAGGGACUCCCGGUGGGUUUAGUCGAGAUUUCUGGUAGAACGUUCCCAGUCGAGGAUUACUAUCUCGACGAUAUCAUCCGGAUGACAGAUUUUACCGUCGAUAAUGGAAGACACCGUGAUCGAGAUGAGGGGAUGUUUGAUGGUACGACUUCAACAGAUCCGGGCAAAGAGCCGCAGGAUCCAAUUAACAAAACUAUCCAAAGAUUGGGCUCCCGAAUUAAUUACAACUUGCUCGUCGAGACAGCGAAAGAAAUUGAUGCAGAUUUAUAUCAUAACAACAAGAAGGGCGGCAUUCUUAUCUUCUUGCCCGGUGUCGCAGAAAUCAACCGCACUGUUAAUCAAUUGAAGAGCAUUCCCUCUCUCCAUGUUCUACCCCUCCACGCCUCUCUUGAUACGCGCGAACAGCGACGAGUAUUCACAAGCCCGCCACCUGGUAAACGGAAAGUGGUGGUCGCGACGAACGUGGCGGAGACGUCGAUCACAAUUGACGAUAUUGUUGCUGUUAUUGACACGGGAAAAGUGAAGGAGACAAGCUUCGAUCCCCAAAAUAACAUGCGCAAGCUAGAGGAGACAUGGGCCUCCCGGGCUGCAUGCAAACAACGAAGAGGUCGUGCUGGUAGAGUUCAAGCUGGGAAGUGUUAUAAAUUGUAUACGAGGAAUCUUGAGGAACGCAUGGCGGAACGUCCGGAGCCUGAGAUUCGUCGCGUCCCUCUUGAGCAGCUCUGCUUAUCAGUGCGAGCUAUGGGAACACGAGAUGUUGGUGGAUUCUUGGGGAGAACACCGACACCUCCGGAAAUUACCGCUGUCGAGAACGCUAUUAAGAUGUUACAGCGGAUGGGUGCUCUUGAUGGCGAAGAGUUGACUGCUCUCGGUCAGCAGCUAGCCAUGAUCCCGGCAGACCUCCGAUGCGGCAAGCUCAUGAUUUACGGUGCUAUUUUCGGAUGCCUUGAUAAGAGCGUUUCUAUCGCUUCUAUUUUAAGUACCAAGAGCCCGUUUGUCUCUCCGCCUGAGAAGCGAGAUGAUGCCAAAGCUGCACGCAUGCAAUUUUCUCAGGGCGAUGGUGACCUCCUUACGGAUUUAAGAGCUUUUCAACAGUGGAAAGCAAUGUCGGAUGAGGGUACACCACAGCGACAAUUGAGACAAUUUUGCGACGCGAAUUUCCUUUCCAACCAAACACUUUCUGAUAUAUCGGCCACCCGCGUGCAGUAUUAUUCGGCGCUCGCAGAACUGGGUAUACGCGACAAUCGUCCUGCAGGCAAUCAAGCGUCGACGGCUCUUGUACGUGCUUUAACAGCCUCAGCAUUCACGCCACAGAUAGCGCGAAUACAGUUCCCAGACAAGAAAUUCGCAACGUCAAUGUCCGGCGCCGUGGAGCUUGACCCCGAGGCUCGCACUAUUAAGUAUUUCACACAGGAGAACGGUCGAGUGUUUAUCCACCCUAGCAGUACACUGCACGACAACCAGGGAUUUUCGGGCAAUGCCGUGUUCUUGUCUUACUUCAAUAUGAUUUCGACGAGUAAAAUAUUUAUUCGGGACCUUACUCCGUUCAACGCCUUUACGCUACUUUUAUUCUCCGGUGCCAUCGACCUCGAUACUUUGGGGAGGGGUUUAGUGGUAGAUGGUUGGCUACGGCUCCGGGGUUGGGCACGGAUCGGCGUGCUGGUAUCGAGGCUUAGAGGCAUGGUCGACAAUAUUAUCGCGGUGAAGGUUAAUGAUCCGCAUGCAGAGGUCUGCAAUAGUGAGGUGAUAAAAUUGGUGGCGAAGCUAAUAGAACUAGAUGGUCUUGAUGCUUGAUUAACUGCGACCAUAGGGUGAGUAUUGGGAUACAUAAAUGAUAGACUUACUAUGAUUCUUUAGACGA